GCAGGGGAGGUUAGCCGGCGAGUCGAGCUCAGACACGCAGCUACAGAGUAUCAAGAAGGAAGGAGACUUCCUGGGUGAGAUCUGUAUCAACAUGAGAAGAUGAGCGUGAAAGGGUGUGAAGGAAAGUACCUGGGCUGGAGUGGGAGGCUCUGAUCAAAGGAGUGUGCUUCAGAUUAACCAGCCUGUCUUAAAGUUUCCUUCGCAACAUGCUGCCUGCUCACAAUUCCAGCCGGCCUCCAACAAUGAUAGGGGAUGUUGUCCCGGCUCCCCAGCAGAGGGACCAGGCUGCGGCAACACCCGGCCCUGGGGAGCCCAUGGACGUGGAGUGUCCCAUCUGCUACCAGGAGUACAACCAGUACAACAAAUGCCCCAGGAUGCUGCAGUGCCUCCACGUGUUUUGCACUGAGUGCCUCCAGAGGAUCCAGCUCUGCCCCCACGACCCCUCAGACCCCCACAGCCCACGCGCCAUUCCCUGCCCCCUCUGUCGCCAUUUGACCCCGCUGGAAACAGGGGGCGCCCUCUCUUUACCCUGCAACUCCCUCAUCCUGGCCAGGCUGCCCCCCAUGGCCUUCCGCCUGCCCGUGACCAUGGCCGCGCGCCUGGCCACGGUCACCCAGAGAGUGGUGCUCUCCCUGGACGGCAACAGCAGGGACGCCCGCUUCAUCAUCCUGCCCACCGUCAGCCUGCGGGUGCAGCAGAUGCACCCGGACAGGCCGUACGGCGCGGCGCCGGGUCUGGUCGGCGAGGAGGAGGUCAUGCAGCAGAGCAAGAAGACGCUGUUUUGCGUGCAGCUGCUGGCCAUCAUCUUCUGGGUGGUGUUUGUGAUCAUCUGCAUGGUCGGAGUGAUGUUUGGACCACAUUUCUUGAACAGGAAAUUUUAAUCUGAAUUGAUCACAUCUUGAUAUAAGGUCAUGGCACAUCCUGCAAGGAAAGCACUGUGAAAGUGAAGUAGCAGACAAAUAGUUUUCCAAUUAUAUUUUUAUGGAGGUUGUGAUCACUGUUGUUGUUAUUCACCCCGUAGUUAGGUGUGUGCUUUAAUGUACUAGAGAGAAAACCAGUCCUUGUUGUACUGCAUAUUUGCGGCUAUUUAAUCCGCGAUAGAUUGAUGAAGAGCGCCCUCUAGUGGUUCACAUAGAAACUGAUGAAAUACACACAUCUGUAAUAUUUAUUUGUUUUAUUUGCAGUUUUUCCUGUGUGACCAUUUAAUAAAUAGAAUAAAGCACAUUUACAUCAUGUCAGGUGUCUGUAUAUUUAGAAAACCACUGAGAAGUUAAAAGUGCACGUGUAUCUGAGAGUUUAUAUGUAUUUAUUGCACCAGUGUGUAUCAAUUUCUGUCUUUUCUUUGAAACAUACAAUGCAACAACUGACUAAACCGAAGACAGAAACCUUUUUGCAGAAUUGAAUCUAUUUCGUCUCGGAUCAAUUCACCCACCCUUGUCCUGUUACAUCUCAUCUGUGCCUCUGGAUACUUAACACAAUUUCCCUGAUAAGCAAUGUGAUUUCCUUAUUCUAGAUGCUCUUUAUUGGAUAAGGAAGGCCAUUAACUCAUCCAAAUUAAUGGCAUCCUAUGUGAAUAAUAGCUUUUUGGAAGGCUGCGAUGAUGAGUCUGGCAUCAGGCCAGGAUAAAUAAUUUACUCGCUAUAAUGGUGGUGAUUAACAGUGUAAUGAUGAUAAGCAAUCGUAGGCGUUUCCUUUGUUUGUGUUUUACUUAUAUGCCAUCGGGCUGUGUAUUUGUUCUCGUUAAUUGUGUUGCAUUAAUGUAUUUAUCCACGUUCAUGUGUUCAAGUGUUCAGAUCAGAUACAGAAUUAAACUCAAGACAAGUUGACUGAUAAAUAAACACAAGGGCAUGAAUUUAAA